AUGCCCGCGACUCUCGGCCCACGCCGUUCGGCCCCCAUGCGACCAGAGAAGGCGCUGCAUCCACUAGCGAUGAACCCGACGACAACGAGGAGGAGAAGAAGGUCGUCGAUGAAGAAGAUGAAGAAGAUGGAGAAGAUGGAGAAGAAGGAGAAGAUGAAGAAGAUGAAGAAGAUGAAGAUGAAGAAAAUGACGAAGAAGACGAAGAUGAAGGAGAUAAAAGAGAUGAAAAAGAGGGCGCAAAAAAAGAAGAAAUCAACGACGAAGGGCAGUCAGCGCCGGGGAAAGAAGCGCACGGUUUCUGACGUCGAAGACGAAGACCUGGUCCACGAGUACAUGGAGACGACGCGUCAGAAGAUCGUCAUCGCGGAGGUCAUCAACGUGGCUCGCCGCAACGCAUACUUGCGCGUGGAACUGUCCGAUGACGACGCGGUUGCGGAGAUGAUCCUGAACUUCAAUGGAGAGUCGCCCGCUAAUGUUGCUUCCGUUCACGAAGCCAACGAGGAGAUACUGGUGUUAUUUCGUUUACCAGUGGGCACAUGCGCGAUGCACCGGCGGUUCGUGCGGGUAGUCAUCGUCGACAAGGACAUGCGCGAGAUCGAUGUGAUUCGAAAGAAAUCUCCGGAGGCACGGAUUCUUCUCUGCCACUUUCAUGUCAUCAAGUGGCUUCAUGACACCAUCAAGAAAUCUCAGACCUAUGGAGUCUACGAAGCAGAAGUUUUGACGCAGAUGAAGCCCACCAUCAUGAACUUGACAUACUCCAGAACGGAGGAAGAUUAUGCGCGGCGUCGGGAUGCGUUCAAGAGUCUGGCCUCGCGGAAUGGUCGUCUGGAGCUAUGGGAGUAUUCCGACAAGAACGGGAAUGCGUGUCGAGAGAUUUGGGUGAUUGCUUACCGUGUCGAUUUGCCACACUUCGGCAACCACACGAAUAAUCGUGUCGAGAGCCUAUUUGGUAAGCUGAAACGAAAGCUGAAAGGCCAUCUAACUGUGCGUGCUAGUCUGGAGGUGCUUCUGGAAUAUCAGCACCGAAAAGAAGAAGCAUAUCAGUCCAAGGUCGGGAUGCCGGGUACUCUGAGAGACGCAUCGUACCCGGAGGAGUUGAACGUCGCUUUGGGCAUGACCACGCGGUGGGUAGCUGCUGCUCUGCAGGCGCAAUUUGACAUUGCUGCGAAUCCCGAUGUUGUCGAUACCUACGUUUUCAAGGACAAUGGCGCCACGAUCACCGUACAAAGGGAAAAGAAAGAGUAUCUUCUUGAGAAGGAAGGCUGGGUGUGCGACUGCGAGUUCUCGCACACUAUGAAGCUUCCGUGCAGGCACGCAAUCAUCUACCGGAAAGUAUGCAGAAGCACCUUCGUCACCCCAUUCGCUUCAAUUUUGUCCAGGUGGUUUGGACAUAAUCGCAUCUCGCAACAGGACUUGAUGGAGGUGGAAAAUCCGUUCGUUGCGAAGAUCUACAAGGGGCAUGCAGCUGCGAGUGCUGGCAGUUUGAGUGAAGCCGAGAAGUAUCGGCGUAUGCAGUAG